AUUCCUCCACCAGCUCAGCAAGAUAAUACAACGCAGAGGCUGUAGAGAUAAAUCAAUCGGCAUGGACGAACUCGCGUUCAGGCACUUCACAUGUUCCAAUGAUCAGUGCAAUAAGUGUUUAAAUCCUGGGAAGUUUAUAACAAACGGUUCAUCCUUUCUUGAAAACUGUCUGUCACAGUGCCAGAGUAAYAAGAACUUGAGCGGUGCUGCUUGUGAUAAAGGUUGCGAGAUCCUUCAUGAUCUACAUGCAGAAUCAGCUGGGUCCACCGGCAUUCCGAUUGACAAAGACACCAAAAAUCAUACCGUGUUAGAAAAGUUAUCCCUGGAGUGUCGCACUACACGAUCUAUGCUCAUCCACUUUGACGUCAGAUACAAGAGUCAUCACGUGAUCAACGAACCAGUAGGAUUUAUCUUUUACUUACGUGUAUUUAACAAACGAGGGCUAUGGACGGUUUCUUAUGACUUUAUGCCUGACAAUUUACUUCAUGUUUCAACUUUACCAUAUCCACCAACCUCCCUCGAAGUUAAUGUUGCUAUGGUUACGCCAAAAGGCAUAGUGGAAAAACCAGUGGUCAUCCAAGGUUCUUCGCUGUUUAACAGAACUUUUACCUCAGRUGUUUUUCAUUAUCUCAACACUAAAGGAAAGACGGAUACGAGUUUACAGCCGGUAGUGAACUACAGCUACUCAUUUCAUUACCAAAAGUCCAAGAAUGACCAAUCUAAAGCAAAGCUCUUCUGUAUAGUCACGUGGAAACCGCCUGAGCCGAGCCGGCCAUGUGACUAUGAUAUUGUUUACGGUCAAGAAAAAGAAACUUCUAUAACUCGACAUCAAAAGUMCUUCUCAGGCAUGAAGGCGACUCCGAAUUAUUAUCUUCCAAAUUACACCGUUACAUUACAAAACUUCGAUUUUGAGAAAGAAAAACUMGUUCUGAAGUCUCUCGCAGAUUGA